CCAGUUCAUCAUAGUUCACUAAAGUCUCUUCGGCAACCGUUCUUUGAUGGUGGAGUUAAACUAACCUGGAAUGGCACCUACUACGGAGUCCAGGAUGAACAUGGAGAACCUGAGCAAGGCCGAACUGCUGAUGCUCUUCAGCGUCCUGGAGGGAGAGCUGGAGGCGCGCGACCUGGUCAUCGAGGCCCUCAGAGCUCAGCACAGGAACACGUACGUCCGGGAGCGCUACGGGAAGUUCAACCUGAGCGACCCCUUCCUGGCGCUCCAGAGGGACGGCGAGGCGCUGCGCGGGCCCAGGGCGGGGCCCUCUGCGGGGGAGCCGGCCGUGCACCCCGACCCCCUGACCGUGCUCAAGCUGGUGGUGGGACACUGCCGCCGCAUGCAGGACAAGAUGCUGGCCCAGCUGGCCGCCGCGGAGAACCGCCACCGCAGGGUCAUCGCGGACCUGGAGGAGGAGAAGCGGCGGCACGCGGAGGACACGGCGGAGGGGGACGACGUCACGUGCAUCCUGGAGAAGGAGCGCGAGCGUCUGCAGCAGCAGCUGGAGUUUGAGCGCGGCCAGUCGCGGCGUCUGGAGCGCGAGCACCGGCGUCUGCAGGAGCAGCUGGACGAGGAGCGCGGCCAGCACAAGCAGCUGGCGUCGGCGUUGGCGCGCGAGUGCCAGCGGGCGGGCGCCCGCGCCCACGAGGAGGGCCAGCGGGCGGCCGAGGCCUCGCGGCGGCUGGAGCGGGAGCGCGGCGGCGCCCAGGGCCUGCGGGCGCAGCUGGAGGCCGAGCGGCAGCGGGCGCUGCGGACGGAGGCGCGCGCCGAGGAGCAGAUGGCCGAGGUGGACACGGAGCGCGAGCAGCUGCGCGCCAGGCUCCGCCGCCAGGAGGCGCAGGGAGGCGCGCUGCAGCAAGAGCUGGAGAGGCUCCGGGGGGAGCUGGAGGAGGCGCUGCAGAGAGGAGGAGGAGGAGGAGGAGGUGGAGGAGGUGGAGGGGGAAAGGGAGGAGGAGAGAGUGGGGAGGUGGAGGAGAAGAGGAGGCCGGAGGUGAGGUCAGUGACCACGCAGAUGGACGUCAGCUCGCAGCAGCAACAGCAGCAACAGGGAGAAGGUGCUGAAGAGGAGGUGCCCAAGAUGAACGGCCACCACACUGAGCAGGAGGAGGAGGAGGAGGAGGCGCAGCAGGAGGAGGAGGAGGAAAACUGCAUGCAGGAGAAUGGGCACCUGGAGAGUCGCUCGUGUGUGCCCCUGCACGCGCAGCAGACCCUGGGUCAGUCUUCGCUCAACGCCUCCCCGUGCUCCUCUCCCCUGUUGGUCAAACGGGCGGGCCAGGCGUCCCCGUCAUCGUCUGCCCCUGGCGCUGCCACCACCGCUGCUACGUCCGGUGCGUCCCCCGGCGGCGCCAACUCGGCCAGCCUGCAGUCCUCCUACCAGGCGGGCAUCCACCAGCGCUUCCACGCCGCCCGCCACAAGUUCCAGGGCCUGCCGGACCCCGAGGCCCAGUCUCCGCCCCAGACGGGCUCGCCCUGCUCCCCGCGGGCGCUGUCGCCCUGCGGCACUCCGUCCCCCGAGGCCAGCCCGUCCCGGCAGAUGGCGCGGAGCACCGUGACGCAGGUCCUGUCCCGCUUCACCCUGCCGCAGCAGCAGCAGCAAGCGGGCACUGCCAAGCCUGCCGCCGCCGCCGCCGCCGCCGCCGCGCCCAACAGCUCCCCGUUUGGCAUGGACUACCGCAACGUGGCGCCCGGCUCGCCCUCGCUCUCGUCCUCCUCGCGGGUGCCCAGCGGCGCCCUCUCGCCCGGCGUCCGCUCGCCCACCAUCGCCAGGGCCGACCGGGGCAACCCGCCGCCCAUCCCGCCCAAGAAGCCGGGCCUGGCGCAGGCCCCGCCGUCCCCGGCCCCGGUGCCCCGCGCCAACCACAACCACUUCGCCGAGCAGCUGUCGCCUGCCAGCUGCGGCCUCACCAGCGCUCAGGAUGGGGUCAAGGAGCUGGACAUGGUGGUGUCGUCCAGCGGCUGACCCUGAGGUCGUAAUCGCACGCCCCUCUUCACUCCGUAUGUCGAGUACACGUGUGCGUUCAUGCUCGUGUCGAAGCACAUCGUAUGAAAAACACUGUCUUCCAAACCUAUUCCAGUUUAGUUACAGACUGUUAAACUAUUGUGUUGGGACUGAAAAUGUUCCAGAAAGAUGAUUGACUAGUGUACCAUGUUGUAUGAAUAGCUCUCCUAUGCUGCCUUUGUAUGUCUAGUAAGCUUAUGUUGGUAUAAGAUUAGCUUUAUUAAAUUUCAUACUGAAUUAGACAAGGGCAAAAUGAAGUGCAAGUGCCUCUAGCAUCUAUAGUUAUGGUACUGUUGUUCUAUUUGAGUUUAUAUCUGAGAGCUCAUGCCAGGAUUGGCAUCAGGCCUUUUGCUACAUUAUGCAGUCGGAGCUUUUGCUACAUUAUGCAGUCAACAGGCACGGUAUUUAGAGCCAAAAAUAAUUCUUAAAAGCAGAAAAAAAUGGAACUCAAAAAACUCUAAAGUUCCAAAAUUGUUUGAGGCACUUGAAAGUUUCCUUCCAGAGGUGUGAUAUAUAUCUGUAUUUACAUUCCAUUAUUUGACCAAAUAUUUUUUAUUCAUAUGCAGUAGAUUUCCAUGUACUCAAUGAAUAUUUUUAAUCAGAAAUCAAAUGGCUUUAGUGAAUACACUGUAAUGUAUAUUAAUUAAUUGCAUGUUAAACUAUGUUUUUUUUUCACAGCAGAUUUUGUAACUAUAUAGAUAUGGGAAAAUUGAAAUGAUACCAGGAUGGUGCACAAGUAAACAUCCAUUUUUGAUAAAGAGUUCAGAACACAUUUUAUAUACUGUAAUUAGACAAAAAGCUUAUUUCAACUUCUUGCAUUUUAUAGUAAUUUAAUGCAUAUACACGCAUACUAAAGUUGUUUGUAUUGCUUUGAUGCUAUGAAAUGUAACAAUAGUGUCUACUUACAGAUGGAAAGUAUGGCUAUAUAUGUAUAAUAACUAUGUCACUAUGUCAUAUUCACCAUGAUCAAGUGCAUUUCAGAUCAAAUUCAAAGAAUGCUAUCAGGUCAAAGUGUAAGAAGUCUAGGUUGUGUUGAUGGGUCUGUCAGCAGCUAGUAUUUUCUGCCAUUUUUAAUCAUUACAGUCAAAAGAGAUGAGCACUGUAUUGUAAUUGCAUUAUGAUAAUCGGUAGUGAUUGGCCUCUGUUCAAGAGGCAGAAGGGGGCUAUUGUUGGAAGCUUGGAUGGGUGUGGCUGAUUGUAUUAAUGUUGUAUGAAAUUGAUGAUGUAAACUUUCACAUGAAUUUUCAAAAUGUGUCCUGUUUUAUUUAAUCAUUAAAGUAGUCUUCUUCUUCUACUACUAA